AACUUCUCAUGCGGUGCUUGCUUUGAUUUCCUAUCGUUUUCCCCUUGACGGAUUUGCUUCGUCUUCAGAUCGAACUGGUGUCGCUCGAAAACUUCAGAGUUUGUAUUCUAUGAUCAAAAUUCAAGGAGAAAGACCUUGCUUAAUUUUCACUCCAUAGCAAAACUGUUGUAAAUUUGGGGAAUUUUAGAGGUAGCUAGAGUCCAUGACAAAGAACCGGCUCGAGGGAUCGCUCAAGUCCAUUAGGAAUCACCUUGAUCCUGAGAAAGAGGAGCAUCUGAAAUGGAUGAAAACAGAGCUUGAAAACAAAGUGGGAAAGCUUAUAAGUCUAGCCAGAAGAACAAGUGACAGCAAGGAUGGGGACUCGAAGAGACAGUCUGAACUUGUUAACCUUAUAGAAGAUGUCCACAGGCAGUAUGAAUUGCUGCACUCCCUGCACGAAAAUUUAAGAGUGGAGGUAAAGAACAACUUCAGAGGCAGAGACGGUAGCGAGUCGCCUACUUCUGCAUCAGAUUCAGAAUCGUACUUUUCGCCAGAUGAAUCAAGUGUCUUUAGAAACACCGAUGCUCCAAAUACACCAACUGACGAUAAUCAGAGCGCCGAAACAUCAGAUGCAGACUACACUAUCCUCAAGGAUAAGCUAACUUCUUCCAGUAAAGUGAAGGAGACGACAGGUUUAGGGCCACAAUCUGCAGUUGUUGCUGAAAUGCUAAAGGAACACGCAGUUCGUGAUGACGAGUCAGAAAGUCCGCGACCAUGGGCUACUCAAGUGAAGGAGUUAAAGGAGGAGGUUGCAAGAUUGAAGGCUGAAAAUGAAAAGCUUUUUGGUCAAAAACAACAAUUGGAAGAUGCACUGAAGCUUCGGAAAGAUGGAGAGUUAGAAGAACAAUGGUUGCAUGAAGGCAAUGAAAGGUCUUCUCAUCUAAAUGGCCUAGUGGAGCAACUGGAUUCGCUGCAGAAGGAACUACUGUCUGUAAACAGUGAGAAAGCAAAAUUGGAGUUCCAGCUCGAGAAGAAAUCAACAGAAGCUUCUGAUUAUCUUAUUAAGAUUGACAGUUUGAGGAGGGAAUUGAAGGAUCACGCUAAGAAUGUGGAAGGCAGAGUAGAAGAGAAGGAAAGUUCUGAACUUGAUCAUGUCAAAGAUUUAGACCAAAAACUCGAUUCUUUAAGCAGUAAAAAGCUGGAGCUGGAAGAGCAGCUGGGGAAAGCAAGCCAAUCAGAAGCUGAAAACCAGGAGCUGCGAAGAAGAGUAUUCGACUUGCAGGCAUCCCUUUCAGACCGCGAGAACGUACUAUCAGCGCAACGUAAGAAGUUCGAGGAGUGCUGUGCUCAGAUCGAAUCCUUGAAUGAGGAGCUCCGGAAGCAGGAGAAGACAUUGAAAGGCCUGGAUGCUGAGAGAGAGAAUUUGCAGAAUGAGAAAAGGCAGUACAAAAUGGAGCUGGAACAAGAGAAGCAGAAAGCAUCCCAGUGGGAGAAAGCAAACACAGAGCUAACCAACAAGGUAGCCGAUCAGCAGAAAACAAUGCUGGAGCUGGGGGAAGCGGUGAACAAGAUGAGAGGCGAGAGAGAGAGGGGGUGGGGGUGGGGGUGGGGAUCAGAUCCGAAAACGAACUUGCAGCAGGUGCAGGCAGUAGAAAGGAAGAUGGAAGAGACGGCGGAAGAGAUGCGGAAGGAGCUGGAAGCAAAAUACCGGAUAGUGAGCAGAAGGAUAAGAGUGGCGGAGCAGGUGCAGGCGGAGAGCAGGGAGUGGUGGGAGAGGGGGAGAGAAGAGAGGAGGAGGGAGAUGAAGGAGUGGGCGGAGGGGGUAAAGAGGACGGGGCUGGAGGCGAAGGAGGUGGCGGCGCGGGUGGAGCGGGUGGGGCUGAGGUUCGAGGAGAGGACGGGGAACUUCCUGAACAGGAUAUCGAAAGCGGCGUGCGAGGUGAAGUACAUGAGGGAGUGGGCGAUGAGGAAGAACAGGGCGGUGGCGCAGGGGCGGAGGGAGGCGGAGUGGGCGGCGGGGGAGAUGGACGAGAAGGAGGGGGAGAUACUGGCGCUGAGGGAGAGGGUGUGGAGGGCGGAGAACAGGGCGAGGGAGCUGGAGAAGGCGAUGAAGAAGAAGGAGGAGCGGAUGGUGGGGCUGGAGGAGGAGAAGCGGGAGGCCAUACGCCAGCUCUGCGUCUGGAUCGACUACCACAGGAGCCGCUCCGACUACUACAAGAAGAUGCUCUCGGAGCUGAUCGUCUAUCAUCCUGGCGCCACUAAUAGUAGUCGUAGUGGCGGCGGCGGUAGUCCUGCUCCUGCUGCUAGUACUCCCGGUGCCCCUCAUGCUGCACCCCGCCGGAGACGACAAGACUACUGAUUGCUGUAAUGCGUGCAUCAGUGCAGCAUGGAAGGAUCGAGAGAGAGAUCGAUCGAUCGAGGGCAUUAUAUAUAAAACUCACGGACCGGACCGCAUGCACCCGCACCCACAGGUACACAUACAAUACUAUUACUAGCUACCACUAUUUCCAAAUUAAUUACUAGUAGUAUAUAAUAAUGAACUGUCCGUUUUCAUUCAUUCAUUUAUACUAUAAGGUUGGUUAGUUGUGUCACCAAGCAUGGUAUAUAUGCAUGCCAUGCAUAGAUCUUCAAUUCA